AAAUACCUACAUAUAUAUAUAAAUAUAUAUAAGCACGCACUUAUACGCUUAAGCUAGUGCAUGUAAACAACCUCUGCUUGUUUGUUGUAUGCCGCACAAGCAGCGCAAGGCAAGUUUGUUAUCGCUUCAUCGAAUCGGCAAGCGUUUGCAUGUGCAUGUGAAAAGGAAACCACAGCGCGUAUGGGCGUGUGCGUAUAUGUGCAUAUGUUGAAGGCCAUUGCAGCAAGCUGCGCUUCGUGUCAACGACAGUGAAGCUGCGUAAGCACGCGUUCGUGCAAAGCCCUCGAAGGGCUCAGCUACAACCGUAACAACAACAACAGUAACAACAACGAGAACGGGCGUCAACUAUCCGCCGUCAAUCGCGGUUGCGGCUGAGUUGGGUAACGUCCUUCAAGCGCCAUCAUUGUCGCAAACAACAAGCAAUUUCUGACAGCAGUUGUCAUCGCUAAUAACAAUAGCAGCAACAACGCGACGUUGGUGUGCUAUUUUUCGUCAGACGAUUUUUUUUUUAAUUUUCGUAAAUCUUCUUUAGCUAUCGACGUUGCGGCGCUGAGCUUUCGACUGUCGCCUUGUUGGUCCGCGCUGUCGUCGCGCGUGUCGUCAUUUUGGUAAUUGCCACAGCCUUUCGCAGUCGUCGUAGCAGUAGCGGCAGACAAGCGAGCAAGCGCAAGUAAACAAGUAAAAAAAUAUUGCAUAUAACGGAAUUUCACAUGAAAUGUUGCUGGAAUACGUAAUGAUGCUGCUUGUGUUCGGAUUAACCACAAACGUUGAGCGAAGUCAAAGCAACGCAUACGCAUUCGAAGGUACAACCAGAUAUCCACCACAUCACCAUCGCCCGCCGCCCCAAAAUGCGCUCACUUCAAGCGGACACCAUCACCCACAACAUCACUUUGACUCAAUAUCGCUAGCAGGCCACCUAGCAGCCUCGUCACUUGUGUCAUCCUCAUCGCCAUCGCUCGCAUCAUUAUCACAGCUCGAGCUGUCCAAUGUCAUUGUGGACAGUUUCGAAGGUGUGGGUGGUAUAGCAGGUGGCGGCGGUGAGCCGCAAUUUGAAAAUACCACCGAACGCGAGGUGAUUGCGGCUGUCGGUACGACCGCACGGUUGCACUGUCGUGUGCGAAAUCUGGGAGAUCGAGCUGUCUCAUGGAUACGUAAGCGUGACCUACAUAUUCUUACCAUCGGCAUCAUGACAUACACGAAUGAUCAGCGUUUUCUGGCGCGUCACACCGACAACUCCGAUGAAUGGGUGUUGAAGGUGGUGUCGGUGCAGCCGCGCGAUGCUGGCGUCUACGAGUGUCAGGUGUCGACAGAGCCGAAAAUUAGUCAGGCAUACAAGCUGAUGGUUGUGACAUCGAAAGCGCAGAUACUGUCGAAUCGUGAGCUUUAUAUACAAAGCGGCAGCGAUAUAAAUCUGACGUGCAUCGCACCGCAAGCGCCCGGCCCGUACACGCAUAUGAUGUGGUACAAGGACAGCGAAUUAAUUAACGACUCAACGCGCGGUGGUAUACGCGUCGUAUCGGAGCAGCAAAUGAAGACGAGCAAUUUGGUGAUAUCGCGGGUGCUGCACCGGGACUCGGGGAAUUACACAUGUGCAGCAGAUAAUUCAAAUUCGGAUAGUGUGUUAGUGCAUAUCAUCAAAAGUGAGCAGCAUGCGGCCAUGCAACAUGAGCUUGCCACGCGCAUGCAGACGCCGCGACUGAUGCUGGUAUUACUGGCAUUUUUCUAUUUAUUCGAGCGCGCAAUUAAAUGAAUGGAGUACGGUUGCGCUAUGAGUUAGUGUAACUUAAAUUAAGGAUUAGCAACAAAAACAAUAAGAUACUUGAAACUAUUGAAUAAGCAGCAGAAAAUAAUACUACUAAAUAAGUCUUAAAGUUGCAACAGCUUAGCUGUUCGAAGCGCAUAUGCAGCGAAGAGGCCACAAUGGAGAUGCGCAUGUGAAGGUGACGAUAUGCAAAUAUAAACUCAAUUCUCCGCUUUGUAUUGAACCAACUGUUAUUUAAUUGCGUAAACUAGUCACUGGACUCACCACUCAGCACGCUUGCGUCAGCACUAUUGCAGAACCAAAGAAACCAAGUAACCAAGACAACGAAUGUGCGUUGAGUUAUACGUUGAGGGAAGGAUGCGCCGCUGCUGCAGCUCAAUUUUCGUACAUUUGUGUGCACAAGAGACUUGAUAAUUGUUAGUUGUUCUUACAUAUAGCUGUCUGAUAGCUGUAACUAAUCCUUUACUUGCUGUUAAUUUACGAUUUUCCAUUAUUUGGUAUUUGCGUUUAUUAGCUUUAAUGCGAUAUUUUGUUAUGGUUGUAUGUAUGUAUAUUCUGAAGCGUUAUAUUUCACUUGUAAAUGUAGUUAAUUAUACAUUAUUUGUAAGUAUUUUUGUACUUAAUAAUAGCUGAUAAGUUAAGGAUUUUAAGUGAAUGUGUAUGUGUGUGCGAGGGAGUUGAAAUUGACAGCAAAUCAAAAGUGUAACUCAAUAAUUCAAUGUGUAUAUAUAAAAAAAUAU